GAUUGUAAUUUAACACCCCAAGAACCAACACCUACUAUCUCUCCACCAGGAUGGGACCCAGAGGACUAAUACUCAAACUCAAGUGGAAGGGUAGUAGAUAAGGUUAGCUAGGGAGAAAGAAAGCAAUGGCUACUGUAGCAGGAACCAAAAAAGAACAAUGGCAACUCUGCCAUCCAUUUCAUCCUCUUUCCUCCCAUCAACAGCUCUAACAAUCCAUCCUCAGUACCAACAACAAUUCUCUCUCUUUUUCAGUCCUAAUCAAAGCAUCAAAACCUCCCCAAAUCGCAUGGCUUUCAAGGUUCAGGCUGCUAAGCUUCCUGCAGGGGUAGAAUUGCCAAAAGUAGAACCAAAGUUCAAAGCACCUUUUCUUGGGUUCACAAGGACUGCAGAGACAUGGAAGUCUAGAGCUUACGGGGCUCAACUUAUAGUCGUAAACAAUUGCAAUGAAAGCAUAUGGCCAGCAUUACUUGGUGGCACUGGUCAUCCUACCCCAAAAGAUGGCGGCUUCCACCUCAGCAGUGGUAAGGAAAUAGUGGUCGACGUGCCUCAAAAGUGGUCAGGGAGGGUGUGGGCCAGGCAAGGUUGCAAUUUUCAUGAUACUGGAAAAGGAUCGUGUGACACUGGAGACUGUUCUGGUCGACUGCAAUGCCAAGGCUUAGGUGGCAUACCACCAGCAACGGUGGUGGAAAUGACAUUGGGGACAUCAACCUCGCCCUUACAUUAUUACGAUGUGAGUUUGGUUGAUGGGUUCAACCUACCGGUUUCAAUGGCCCCAGUGGGGGGUGGGAUUGGUUGUGGCAUGUCAUCGUGUGAGGUUGAUUUGAACAUUUUUUGCCCAUCAGCGUUGGAGAAGAGGAGAGGAGGGAAGGUGGUGGGGUGUAAGAGUGCUUGCUUGGUUAUGCAAUCAGCUAAGUAUUGUUGCACUGGCAAAUAUGCAAACCCUAAAACUUGCAAGCCCACUCUGUUCACAAAUAUCUUCAAGGCAGCUUGCCCUAAAGCCUAUAGUUAUGCUUUUGAUGACUCCAACAGCCUUAGCAAAUGCAGGGCUUCACGCUAUGCCAUCACUUUCUGCCCACCUAAAUGAAAGAAAUUAUGCUACGGAGUCAAGAAAAAAUAAAUAAAUAAAUAACUAAAAAUAAUGUGUGUUGACCAGAUUCAUUUUGAGUGUGGCCUAUAUCACACUAAAAUUUGAAUCUGCAUUUUACGUUUCAUUUUCUUAUCACUUUUCAAACUAAUUUUGUUACUCUUCUCUUUUUUCGGAAACUAAUUAAGGGAGCAUUCAUGGCUUUGUGAGGGA